AUAAUAUCCUUUUAAGAGUAAUAGCUUCAUCUUCUAUAUAUUUUUUUGUUCAAAAGAUAUUCAAAAUCAAAACCUAAUCAACAAAAACAUCUCUCAGAAACUCUGAACUUCAUCAAGGUUUAUGAAACUUGAGAGAUGGAUAGAAGGUGCUGUAAUUGUUACAAAGACUUGUUACCUUUUAUGGUUCUUGUAGGCAAUGAAUGCAUCAUUACUGGUGUAUACACUUUGUUCAAAGCAGCUACUCUUCAAGGAAUGAGUAAAUAUGUCUUUGUUGCUUAUUCUUAUACUGUUUCAACCAUUCUCCUCCUUCCUUUCUAUUUUUUCUAUACAAGGUCUGUUUUCAGAUCAAGAGUGGUUCCUAAACUCAGUUUCUCCAUCUUAUUUAAAAUUGCUCUUCUUGGAGUCGUAGGAUGUUCAGCGCAGUUCUUGGCGUAUGCUGGCAUCAGUUACAGUUCUCCAACACUUUCAUCUGCAAUUGGAAACUUGAUUCCUGCUUUCACCUUCAUCUUAGCUGUCAUUUGCAGGAUGGAAAAGAUAGCUAUAAAAAGUAGAACAACACAAGCUAAGGUUUGGGGAAGCAUUAUAUCAAUAUCAGGUGCAUUUAUAGUGACUUUCUACAAAGGAAAAUCAAUCACCAUUACUCAUAAUUCAUCUUUCUUUCACCUUCAACAACCAAAUCACAUUCUCACUUCAGUUGAUACAAAUUGGGCCAUCGGUGGCCUUCUGUUGACGGUAUCCAAUAUACUACUAACAAUAUGGUUCGUCGCUCAGGUGGAAAUCAUGAAGGAGAUCGAAGAUGAACUAACUUUGGUGUUGGUUCACAACUUAUUUGCAACUAUCUUAGCUUUAAGUGUAGGUUUAUUAGCAGAGACCAAUAAGAGUCUUUGGAAAAUAAGACUAGACAUAUCACUCAUCUCUAUUAUCUGCACUGGAAUAUUUGGGAAAUUCUUGAGUAGUGCAGUAUAUGCUUGGGCAAUACACUUAAAGGGUCCUGUAUAUGCAACAAUGUUCAAGCCACUUUCAAUUGUAAUUGCUGUUGCCAUGGGAAUUGUGUUCCUUGGUGAUACUCUUCAUAUUGGAAGUAUAAUUGGCGCCACAGUAAUAUCAAUUGGAUUUUAUGCUGUAAUGUGGGGCAAAGCAACUGAAGAAAAGGAGGAUGGUUUUGGUAGCAAGGAAUCACCAACUAUUGAUAGUCUUCCUCUUUUGCAAAGUUAUAAAACUGAAAAAUUAUAAAAAGAAAAUAGACUAAGUACAUAUUGUUAGUAUUUGAAUAGUUGAUAGUUGAUAUAAAAAAGUUUUAGAAAAUUAUUUAGAAAGAAGGCUGUGACAUUGAUUUCUUGGGUGAUGGUUUACAAAGUAUCAAUUGUCUAUUUAUAGGCUCAUGUCACCAACCUCUUAAUGGUGGUGAAUGUUUUUACAUUAUUUUAGUUCUUUCUAGAUGUUUCAUGAUAGUUUUAGGUUCUUCUAUCAUUUUCAUACACUUAUAAUUCUACGUUCUUCUACCUUUUUCAUACA